CCCUGUCGUUUGAGCUAGCUGAAAGAAGUCUCCAUGAAAUUUCAAUAUGUAAACAAUCUAGUAGCUGCAACAUAUAAAGAGCAGUACCAUGGGGAGGGAAACGGGGGCAUUGCGGGAUGUUGCGGGGGAUUCGACUAUUUCUUCCGGACUUUUUCUCGAACGGCCUCGAUCAUGGAGAAAUGGGACGUGGCAAUGAUACCCUGUUAACCAAUAAGGGGAUAUUUAUCUGACCAUGUCCCUAGAGUUCCGAGCUCUUUAUUUGCUGUGCCUUACGGUUGGGUCCUUUACCAGGAAGUUUGCAAUCAGGCCUACCGGCUAAAUUGGAAAACGGCUAUAGCUACUCGUGAUCUCUUAUGAUUUGUGCGCAAUUCAGGUAUAAGCUGAUAUUGCCUUAUUAACCGCCGAAUCCCACUGGAAGAAUCGGUCCGAGCUGAAAAGUCCAGUCCAUUUAUAUAUGAGCGACGCGACAUGGCCGAUUCCACGGAAUAGCGUCGGAGUUAGAGAUUGGACCCUUUUCUCUCUUCGGAUCUAUCCGCGUCGACGAAGACAACAUCGGAACCUUUCAAUAUCGCAAUUCGUGAGAAAAAUUCGACAAGAUGGUCGGCGGCGGCGUUCAAACGGACAAUAUCGUCCAUCGCAUGGCGAUGGAGGAUACGGUCCCAUGGUACAAAAAGAGGAAUUUGCGCUAUUUGUACUUCAUGCUGUUCCCGUGUCUAAUGGGAAUUGAGAUGACCUCCGGGUUCGAUUCGCAGAUCAUCAAUGCCGUCCAACUUGUUCCCGCGUGGACCAAUUUCUUCGGACACCCCACGGGCGGCUACAAGGGAAUUCUAGCAUCGGCGCUUCCUCUCGGUGCUGUCAUCGGUCUUCCAUUCAUUCCGCUCCUCAACGACAACCUAGGCCGAAGAAUAUGUGUGCUUUUCGGCAGUAUAGUCAUGAUUGUCGGGUCGUUGAUUCAGGGGUUUGCCGUCAACGGUCCCAUGUACAUCGUUGCUCGACUUAUCAUUGGGUUCGGUCUCCCUUACGCUAUCGUCGCAGGUUCUAGUUUGAUCGGAGAGCUUGCGUAUCCCAGGGAACGUGCCAUUUUAACGUCUUUAUUCAAUGCGGCCUACUUCAUAGGUGCCAUUGUUGCCUCGGCUGUGACCUAUGGAACUCAGCUUAUUCCGUCGGAUUGGUCCUGGAGAGUUCCUUCUCUCCUGCAGAUGUCGCCCUCGUUACUCCAAGUCGCUCUCGUAUUUUUCUUGCCCGAAAGUCCCCGUUUCUUGAUUAGCAAGGAGCGAUACGAGGAAGCAUUCAAGGUUUUGGUUACCUACCACGCUGAAGGCGAUGAGAACUCAGAGUUCGCGAAAGCGGAAAUGGCCGAGAUUAAGACAACCAUCGCCAUCGAGUUGGAGCAUUCCAAACGCUCCUGGAUGGACAUGAUCAACACCCCAGGAAAUCGAAAGCGUGUGAUUAUUGGUUCUCUCCUCGGAGUCAUGUCGCAACUUUCCGGCAACGUGGUCAUUUCAUACUACUUGGGAGACAUCCUGAACCUAAUCGGCUUCACAGACCCUGCUUUCCAGGCCAAAUACAAUAUUGGAAAUCAAUGCUUGGGUCUGGUUUGUGCUAUCUUCACUGCGUUGUUGGUUAUGAAAUUUCGCCGUCGGACAAUGUUCUUGACUUCUAUUUUCGGAAUAUUGAUCAUCUAUGUAUCGUGGACUAUUUGCUCUGCUGAGGCUAUUAUUGCGGGCUCAAAGGUUGCUGGAAAGUUUUGCUUAUUCUGGAUUUAUGCCUAUCAGCCGUGCUACAACAUCGGUUUCAACGCCCUCACAUAUACGUAUCUUGUUGAGAUUUUCCCAUACGCGAUGAGAGCUCGCGGAAUUUCGAUUUUCCAGUUCUUCGGGAAAGCAGCUCAGUUCUUUGGUACAAAUGUUAACCCGGUCGGUCUAGACCCAGUUAACGGUAUCGGUUGGAAAUUUCUGAUUGUGUACUGUUGUUGGAUCGCCGUUGAAGCUUUCCUCAUCUGGUACCUCUGGCCCGAAACCUCGGGUCGCACUCUAGAAGAACUUACCUUCUUGUUCGAGGACGAAGACCGCGCCCACGCUGCCACGGAGGCUGUCGAGAAGACAAUUCACCACGACGUGAAGCAUCAAGAGGAGGCCUCCGAGACUACUAGCAAAGACCAAGUUUAAACAUCUUGAAGGGCCCGUACAAUGCUAGAGCUCUAAAUAAUGCUUGUUUAGGAAACAUAUUAAGAGUAUUGUGAGCAUUAUUUUCUUAUAGGCGAAUUUAUCAGGAGCGCAGGUAGUAGUUAUCGAAUAAGACAAUAAAAACUUCUCAAUUGAAAGAAAACAUUUGUAUUGAAGAGAAUUAAGAAAUAAGAAACUCUGCUGUAAACAGUUUUCUAUCUAUGGAAGCACCACGUGACUUGGCGGGGUAUUUGAUGAUAUAAUCAUGCAUACACCAUCUUCUUGAUAUUUGCAUUGUUUUGAUAUAUGAAUAACUCCUGUAUAUAUUCUACUAGAAG